AUGUGGCCGCUGCUGGCGGCGCUGGCGCUGCUGCUGCCGGCGCUGCUGCUGCUGCAGCCGCUGCUGCGCGCGGACCUCGCCUUCGCGGCGCGCGCCCUGCGCUGCCGGCGGCGCGCGCGGGGCCUGGCGGGGGGCGGGGGCGCGCGCACCCUCCCCGCGCGCUUCCUGCGCGCCGCGCGCGCCUCCCCCUCGCGCCCGUUCCUGCGCGCGGCCGGCGGGACCCUGCCCUACGGGAGCGCGGCGCGAGAGGUGGCGCGCGCGGCCAACGCCCUGCGGGGGCUCCCGCUCGGCCCCGCCCGCGGGGGCGCGCUCGGGCCGGGCGUGGCCGUGGGGCUGCUCGUGCGCAACGAGCCCCGCUUCGUGUGGGGCUGGCUCGGGCUGGCGGCGAUCGGAGCGCGCCCGGCGUUCCUCGGGAGCGCGCUGCGCCCCGCGGCCCUGCGGCACUGCCUGAAGGUGUGCGGGGCCAGGGCACUGCUGGUGGCGGACGACCUGUUUGCAUCCGUGGAGCCCAUCCUGCCCGCGCUGCAGCAGGAGGACGACCUCGUGGUGUGGGUGCUGGGCUCGGGGCCGUACCCCCCCGGGGUCGUGGCCCUGCAGGGGCUGCUGGAUGCGGCCUCCGAGGAGCUGGAGCCCGAGGACGUCUGGGAGCCGCAGGACAUGAACGAGACCUGCCUGUACAUCUUCACCUCCGGCACCACCGGUCUCCCCAAGGCCGCCCGCGUCUCCCACCUCAAGUCCCUGCUGUGCCUCAGCUUCUACGAGCUGGUGGGCGCCUGCAGCCGCGACGUCGUGUACCUGGCGCUGCCCCUGCACCACAUGGCCGGGUCCCUGCUGGGCAUCGCCGGCUGCAUCGGCAUCGGGGCCACGUGCGUGCUGAGGGAGAAGUUCUCGGCCUCCCAGUUCUGGGAUGACUGCAGGGCCGAGGGGGUCACCGUGUUCCAGUACAUCGGGGAGCUCUGCCGCUACCUGCUCAACCAGCCCCAG